AUUUUUUUCAAUUUUUAAUAAUUUUUUUAAUUCUCUUACUAAUAGGAUUGAAAAACUCUUUAAAUAAAUAUAAUUAUUAAUUCAUCAAUUAAUAUUUUAUAAUUUAGCUCGAUAAAUUAAUAACUUUAUAAAUUAAUAAAUUUUUGGAGUUCUAAGUGUACUAAUUUAGAGAGGUUUUAGUGUAAUAAGGAUCGGAGGAGGGAAUAUAAAGGAGCUAGCAGCUCCUAUGCAUAAAAAAUUUCUGAGGAAAAUAGGUUACCGUGUCUCCGUGCUGAUAGAUCUGGUGUGCACAGAUCUAUUAAAAAAGCCAAAAUUUCUUUAUAGAUCGAAGCGAAGACGUUGAUUUGCAGCUAGAGCAGAAUCGGGCGGUUUGAACUGGCUUGAGAUGUUCUUGGAUGAUUUGGUUUGGGAAAUCUUGAGAUGGAUCCCAGUAAAAUCCUUAAUGCAAUUUAAGUGUGUAUCCCGAACUUGGUUAUCCAUCAUUACGGAUCCAAGGUUUGCCAAGUGUUAUCGCGGUGGUAGCCGGUGUCUCUUGUCUUUCCAUGAUUGGAUUUUUCGAGCUUCUUGGUUGCCCCUUGUGUCCUUUGAUGAACAUACCCGUUUCGAGUUCCUCAAUCUUGAUCACGAUAACUUCACCAUCCACAUUGUGAAUCAUGGACACGCGCUAAAAAAAGCUUGUACAAACAUUGUGGAUGGUCUAAUAUGUUUCUAUCGAGGAGAGCAAUCGUGGCUGUAUAACAUUGCCACCAGAGAGAUGGUGAAGCUUCCUGACUUGACCUUUGGGAAAUGUAAGGAAGCAUAUCAUUCUAGUGCAUACCACUUGGGUUACGAUCCCAUCACCAAAAGAUACAAGUUACUCAACACAAGUGAUGAUCAUGCGGCUAUUCUCACUAUUGGAGAUUCUUUGUGGAGAAACAUUUCCCCUUCAGUUAAAUCUAUAGACAUGACAAAAAGGAGAGGUGCAUGUUUAGAUGGUAAUAUCUGUUGGGAGGAGGGUCGAAGUGCCGGUCAGACUGUCAUAGUAUGUUUUAAUUUGGCUGAAGAAAAGUUCGUUCACAUUGAUUCCUUAGUUUCAGGAUCAUUAAUUAGUUUUGGACCCAGUUUAAUAUUAACAAGAAGUAAUAAUGCAAGUACUAGACACCCAGACCAGAUCCUAUAUUACGAUUACAAGAAUGGGAUUUGGAUUAACCAGCCAUUUAUGCCACCACGACUUGGAGCGAGGCAGGAUGUCGACAUUGCUGACUUUCCUUGUAUCGUCGGUGUUCUUCCUAAUGGGAAACUGUUAUUGAUUGAUUGUUUUGGAAAGUCCCCUAUUUACCAACUUUAUUUGUUUGAUCUAUUAAAGAAAGAGUGGGAACCAAUUGUGACAGACACAGCAGCUGCAAGAAUAUGUAGGAUCAAACACUGGUUUUAUUUUGAGGAAAAUAUUAUCUCACUCAUUCAUUUGACUUCUGGCCAUGUUUAGAAUUUUGGUUUUGUAUUGGUGGGGGAAUAAAGUGGCUCUAUUUUCAUCUCCUCAGUGGCUGAGGAAUCAAUUCCUACUCUCUACAUGGUAGCUAAAUAAAGUGUUGAAUGGAACAAUUAAGUGAAAAGCAGGCAACAGAGAAGCAGCGGGUCAUCAAAACUCAAGCAUGAGGCACGCGUUUGAGUCUCCUUCAAGUGAUCUCCUCGAUUGAAUGUAGCGACUCGAAAAGAGUUCUUUUGUUGGUAUGACUUCAGAUAUCUCGAAAGCUUUUGUGCUGGUGACUUUAGAUAUUUGUAUUGUGAUUUUUACUCAAUUCGUUUUUAGUGGCAAUUUAUUGUUGAAGGGAUGAUUCAUUUCUUUAAGACCCCAUUAUAUCUUAGUAUUUAUUUUUUUCUCUA